CUAUAGAAACACCUAGAUCGUCUGUUACAAAAUACUUUGCCAGAUAAGGCGCGACCUUCAUACCGGCAAGAUGAAUUUCCCUGGACAAUUUAUACUUUUGUUGGUGAUUCUUUUUCCUUUUAUAGACAAAUCAGACGGAUUUUUGUUCAAAAAGACAAUUAAAGAAACACUUGUAGCUCUGAGUUCCAAGGUAGAAGAACGUCAACCCAAGGAGGAUAAGAAAUCGUCACUUGUGUUACCUUGGAAACUGGACAAAGGAACUUAUGAAAGCGUGGUUAAAUUAAAUUUUCAUGGAGCUCCAGAAAUGGUCGCGAUCCGCAAGAAUUUUGCCGUGAAUGACAACAACAUGUUUGUGACAGCAUGGAUUACAGCUUGUCUUUUAGAGAUCCAGGCAUUGGGUGGAGAGUUUAAACCAAAAAGGGAACAAAUAGAUCUAGCUUUGGAUGCUAUUGGAAAAUAUCACGACAAGAACGUGAAUUACAACACAUCGGUGAUGACGUUUUGGCCUCAGCUAUACAACGAUACCGUCAAAAAAUGGCAGAGUACCCCGGAAAAUCUGUUACAGCUCUUCCAGCUAUCGGACAAGUUUCCGGUGAAAUCUGUGGAAGAGUUACUGAAGCUGAUGGGCCUCGGUGACAUAGCAACAGUCGUGGACCAUCUACUGCACGAAAAAGAUAUGUUUGCUGCAGCCUUCCACAUUCCGCCAGAUUUUGACGAUACCUUUGUCAAUAUUGGACUUGGUUCACUGUUGAAGGAAAUUCCAAGUUACAGUGAUUUGUUUGCAAAAUGGCAAUCCACAAAUUCAAACCUGACCUCGGUCCUGCACGCGCUGAAGAGAUACGCCUACAGACCCCACUCUAACAACACUCGUGUUAACACGAUUGAUCCCAGAACCUACUUCUAUCUUCACAACUUCUUGGCCGCAACAAAUAAAACAGAUGCUGCAUUUGUUCCAACAUGGAUUCAGGAUGUGGAUGAGGCAAUGGCGCUGAGCGAUAAAGGUGUCGCCAUGCCGUUCUUCGUCAAUAACGUUGACGUCACGGUGGCAGCCAACACUGUAAACGGUCUAACGUCUGCUCUGCUCUCUGGACUAUUUAAACCCACUGAUUUUGACAGUGAUAUCCAGCAUAUUUACAAAGAUACAGUGGAUCUGAUCAUCUACGAAAUCACGGGAAACUUCUCGUCCCGGCGAGACUUGGCUCUGACGUAUUAUCCGUCCAAACUAGAGUGUUUUUGGUUUACGUCCAGAACAUUGACCAUUCUACGAGAUUUCUACAAAAAGGCACCUCUUCCUCUCAAGAUGCUAGAGGAUGUGUUGCAAAAGCUAGAGGGUGCUAUGAGGAACAAAGUAACUGCGGACAUUUUACAAGAAGCCAUUAAGUCGCCAGAUGGAGGAGUAUAUUUUGACGACUUUUUGGGAGACGGGGAUUUUGACAUAAAAGGAAAUCCUAUUAAAUAUGCAGAAGAUAGGCUGUUUACGACAUCAAUGGCCGUUAACACACUUAUAAAUAUCUGGACGUCAACAGAGGGCGAUACACUUGCUUUCUUGAAUAACACACCCAGCUCGGUAAACGAAACAAUUCAACAAAGCGUGAAAUGGCUGAACGAUAACAUCCUUGGUACACAUCUCAAGCCCUGGAACGCUUUCUUCUCGGGUUCCGGGAAGGGACAAGCGAGUUUGCCAUUUUGGUAUCCAGCCAACCGGAAGGAAUAUCUAAACGGAACCAGUUUCAAUGACGACAUGUUCCCAGACGGACUCUUCCUGGUCGGAUUCGAGGGGACCUUGUCAGAUGAACAAUAUAACAUCCUGCUUUCCCAAAGACACUUUGGCGAGAAAACCCCCAUAGAUUUUCCCGGGUUUAACCCCCGAGGUUCUCCCACAGGGUUUUUCCCUUUUUGGUCCUCUGACGCUUAUACAUAUUCUACCACGAUGCUGGCUUUCGCAAAAUAUCUUAAAAUUAAAUAAAAUUUUGUAUGUUGUAAAAUUUUACAUGUAUGAUAUUAAUGCCUCUUUGUAGUUUAUUUGAAAAUUCACUCCUAGAUUUAUGCAAUCGCUUGCUACAGGUGUAUAUAAUU